UGACAUUUCCAAACAGAAGCAUUUCUGACGUUUGUCAAAUUUCUCGAUUUAUUGUAUUGUUUUAAAUCGACAAAACUGUUUAUUUACACACAUUUUUCGCUGAAAUAUGACAAUAAUUAUCACAACAACAUACUAUUUAUGAUAUAAACUUAUAAUUAUUGAGUGAAACUCGCAACAAACAUAAACUAACAGUGCUUACGUGUAAUAAAAUAUUGAGAAAAACCACAUCAGUUAUGAAUAAAAAGCCAAAAAGUGGUCCUAGGAUUCGUAUAACAAGACAAGCUUUACGUAAAAAGGAAGAAGGUACAGAAGUGAAAGAAGAUAGCAGCUUCAUUUAUACUUGUCAAUAUUGUCGGGUUAAAUUUACACAAAACAGUCAUUUUUUCCGACACAUGACAUCAAAUCAUCAAGCGCAACAGAGAGAAGCCACUUUCGAGUGCAAUGAGUGUCAAAUUAUCUUCACAAAGAAGAAUCUGUUAGAUCUACAUUAUAAAAAGCGUCAUCAAAUAAAAAAUAAAUCGAAAUGUGAAACGUGUGCGAUAACUUUUAAAUCUAGAUAUUGUUUACGUCGACAUAUGAAGUUAAAGCAAAUUAUGAAUGAAAAUUCAUGUGUGAAGUGUCAGAAGAAGUUUACUAAUAAAGAUUUACUUGUUAAACAUGUUAAAAAUAAGCAUACAUUUAAAAAUGUGACUUAUCAAUGUGAACUUUGUACUCUUAAGUUUAAAGCUAAAAAAUCUUUACAAACUCACUUAAGUAGGAUACAUAAAAGAUUAUGAUUAAUGUAAUUUUAUGUAACUGAGUUUUCACUACCAAAACAUUGACAAAAACAUCUCAAUCUGCCCUUUUCUUUAUUACUGUGUGCACAGUAUGUACCUUUACUUACAUCUCUAUCAGCUGAAUAUCUGAAUUCACUGCCUUCUCUAGCAUAUCCUCUGCAUCACAAUACAUGCUUUCCCCUGCGUACUGUACAGUAUGUACUCUUACAUACAUCUCAUCAGCUGAUUAUCUGAAUUCACUGCCCUCUCUAGCAUAUCCUCUGCAACACAAUACAUACUUUCCCCUGAGUAGUGCACAGUAUGUACUCUUACAUAUAUCUCUCCCACAUAUCCUCUUUGAAAUACAAUUGUUUUAGUUCUGAAAACUCUGUUUAGUUGUUACCAUAUAUUUCAGUUAACUAUUUCUAUUUUUGUACAACUAAAAUACUCUAUUAACAACUUUAGACAUGGGUAACUUAAAAAUACUGAUCUGCAGAUCAAUUCAUGGUUCACAAGAAUUAGGUAAAUUUGUGAAGUUAUGAUUUAUGUCACAAACUAUGAUUUGCAAGUUACAAGACAACUGGUGGCUUACUGGAUUAGUUAUAUCAUGUUGAGCAGUUAAUUUAACCCUUAAGGUUAUAUUUUUUUGUUUUAAAUACCUUAAAUUGAAACAGGUAGUUAAUUAAACAUAAAUUAAUGGAAAAAUAAAGGAAAAAAAUAUUUUUCAAAGUUGUCCAUUGCAUAAGGUAGAUAAUACUGAUUUAUAAAUGCAUCAUCAUGCAUUUAAGGAUUAGAUUGUUGAGUAGCAGCUCAACAGUUCACUUCUAUGUGAACAACCCAAUUCUGAGCUGAGUUACAUGUGUGUUGUUGAAAUUAAUUUGUUAAUGAGUGAAUUUCUAAUAUCUACACUUAGUUGUGACCGAUUUUGAGUGGCAGUUAAAAUAAAUAAUGUACUUAUGUUUAAUACAGCAGUAUUAGUUUUUGCACAAAGUUUCAAUAGAUAUUAGCUUAAUUUGCCCCAUUGUGCUUCAGAUUAGUCUGGAGUACAAUGGGGCAAAAAGGUGGUUAUAAAUGGAACUAUAUUAUGACAGCUCCGCACCCUUUUGUACCAUUGUCUUUAUCCAUGUAGGUUUUACAUCUUUGCUGUCUGAACUAUCAAAGAGUGCCUCAUGCAUUUUAAGAAAUGUGAAUUAAUUUUUUUCACUGGUACUUUCUCUGAAAGGUAAUAUAUCAGUUGUCAAGCUUAGUAUUGACAUGUAAAAAUGAAAUGUAAAGUGACAAGUAUGCCUACUCUGUUUUUUUUGUAUGUCUUUGGCCUCAUACUGGACAUAGUUUGUAUUUAAAAUAGUUUUAGCAAGAAGUGUCCUUAAAAUUUAUAAAUACCCUUAGUUUUAGAUUUUUUAAGGCAGUAACCUUCUCCGUUGUUAACAGAAUUUUUUAACAAAGUUUUUCAAAAUCUGUCAAAUAGUUUAGGAGAGCAAAUUGUAUUUUUCUUAACAUGAAUUUGUGGAAACUCAGUUUGUAUCGUCAAUUAAAAUGGUUUGGUUGUAAUUUACUUGUAAAUAUCUAGUUUUUAUUUAGAUUAAGAAAAU